AUGAUCAUCUCAUUCUCCGCUGCACCAGCGACAACCAGCAUAGCAUUGGUCUUGCUCCUUGCGCUCGGUCUUUCGUUCACGUCUGCACAGCCCAUUGAUCCAAAUACCACCGUUACUCUCUCCUUCUUCACUUCUGUCUUUGCCUUAUAUCGGGAUGAUGGAUGCAGAUCUUAUCUGUAUUCCGUCGAGGGCUUGCUGGAGAAUUUGCAUGGUGCCCGGAGCUUAAUAUGGGUCGACAUUGAUCAAUCGCAGAGCCAUAUCCCCGGAGAAACUUUCACGGAUCCCGCACAAUCCCAAGAGAGCACCCAGGAAGAGAGACGCGCCCAUUUGAUCCAGGUUAUAGUUAUCUCGCUGUCAAGUGCCAUUGUUUUCAUCGGUCUGGGUAUUUGUCUUUGCUAUGUGGAUAACCACAGGAAUCGGCGACGAGGCGGGUAUGUUCCAGAGCCAUCCAGUCCUAUAGGAUAUCGCAACAUGGCUGAGGUCUCAGGUCCGGGUCCGUCGAUCUAUCAGUACAACAACAGUCAUUAUCGCGACGCCAACUCUACAGCUUCCUCUAUCUCUUUCCUUCCUCCAUACGGUCACGGAGCCUACAGCAAGUCCACGGUGACAGGGUGCGACUCAGUAACACCGCCCGAGGAGGUCUUUAUUGCGAAUUCCUCGAGCCAGAAGAUAGGUUUAUCUACUCGGUGCGAACUGCCGAUGACGCGUACCAGGAGCAUUUCGAAUCUGACCAACCAGGUGGGCACUGGCGCUGGGUUGGACCCUGGAUCAGUGCAACAAGGUCGCAAUGCCGGAUUUGGGUUGGGAUAUGACCUUGAGGAAAACAGAAAGCGAGACUCGAGAAGGGACUCGGACAUAACUCUGGGGAAUGCGAUCAUGACCCCUCCGCAUUCUCCAAUGCUGCGACCGAGCUCUGUUACCUUGGACGACAACGGCCAGGUUAUCGGUCGAGGAGGAAUAUUGUCAGUCAUGUGGUGCUUUGGCAGCAAGCACGGUGUAUCCCUUGUUGGCCCUCGAUAUACAUAUUGCAGAUACUUUCUGGCAUCCAGCACGGUUUAAAAUAUACUCGUACAUGUAUUCUGAAGCAAUGCCCAGAUGACUGGCGGCCUAGGCAGCGGACGACGAGACGCGUCGUCAGACUAACAAAAGUAGGUGUGUAACUUCACGUGGUGGAGGAGGGCUUGAGGCAGAGUUUAAUUGCACGCGGCUCUCUGUUCACUUGUGGAGAAAGUGGGGAAAUCUUUUCGGAAAGCACAACGCAUCUGGGAACUGAACACCCGCCUUUGCUCGUCGGGGAGGACCCAUGCAGGGCUCCAUCCGCGACGGAUAGCGAUUGCAUUCGAGCGCAGAGGGACACUGUCUCACAGCACGAAGAAGAAAGAGACAAUGGC